AUGGCGAGGCGCGUGAGAGGACGGACGUCCUUCGGCUCUGAAGAGAGCGAGGAGCCGGCGAGCGUCCUGCCUCUCUCCGCGUCCACGCAGCGCAAGCGCAGCAGCAGCCAGGUAGCCGGGAAGGAGAACAAAAUGGCGCCUGAGAGAGCGGGUGCAGGGCAGACAGGGACGGUGGACCGUGACCGAGACGGAUUUCUCAUUCCUCGGCCCCUGGCAGCGAAGACGCAGAGACGAAAAAGACAGGAAAACUCGGAAAAGUUCGUGCAGCGGAAUCCGAGGGCGCGACGGCUGGGCAGGCUGGAGGGAAAGGCACUCAAGUCCGUGGAUGCGAGAAGGAGGAGAGCAGAAGAGGAACUCGAGGAAGACGCGGCAGACGCAGGAGACGCAGGAGAGGAAGACGAGGCUGCAGAGUCGGACGAGGAAGAGGUGAGUUCCUCCUCGACGAGUGAGGAUGACCUCGAAGACGAGGACUACGAGGAGGAAGAGAAGCCGGGAGCAACAAGGAAACAGCGCGAGAGAGAAGAGGCGCGUGCUACCAGAGAGAAAGACUUCUCAACUGCGCUGCCAAUGCUCGUCAAGGACCUGGCCCUGGAGCGCCUCCCUGCCCGCGAGAGUCUCCCCGCGUCGGGAUCUUGCGGCGGCCGCGAAGAGCGGCGGAAGCGAGGGCGCGGCACUUCGGGGAGUCCUGUGUGCUCCGCGGCCCAGAGAAAGAAAAGAAGAAAAGGCCGAGAGGAAGUCCUCGCUCUCGGAACCUCCCUGGAGACCCUCGUCUCCGUCGCGGGGGUCCUCCGCUGUCCAGAUACCGUUGCGGAAGCCAUUGCCGCAGAACUGUCGGAAGCAACUCGCGGCGACUCCAGUGAAAGACGAGAGACAGAAGGAGAGCGAGAACGCGGGAGAGAACAAGAGGGAGAAGAAGAAGAACUCGGCGGGAGGGGAGAGGGGCGCCGAGGGCGCGGACGCCAGGCAGGACGGACAGAAGGCGUCGACGGAGAAGAGAGAGAAAGGCGGAGGGAUGAGACCACAGCCGAGAGGAUGGGGACGCUUGCCGCGGCUGUGGUGAACAUGCUUCUCGAGGCCGGAGGCCUCCCGUCGCCUCUGUUCCACCGGGAGCACCUGGCGCCUCUGCUCCUUCAGUCUUUCGCCGUGCUGCGCCGCGCAUGCACUCGCCGGAAAUCUUUGCCUUCUGGCCUCUCGCGCGCAGACAGCCUCGCCAUCCCUCCUGUCGUCCUCGUUCCGCCGCCGCCGACUUCUUCGGCUGCCACAGCCGCCAGGCGCAUUUUGCAGCGCGGCGUCUGUCGCCUGUUUGCUCAGCUCCUCGAAGAACGCACAGCGGGCGUCUCCCGUCUCUCCUCUGCGUCUGCUGUCUCCUCUGCGUCUGCUGUCUCCUCUGCGUCCGAGGAGGCGGGGGUCGCAGGGCGGGAGGAGAGCGGACAUCCGACUGAGAAGAGAGAGAAGGCGGCGGUUGGAGAGAGACAGCACUGCGCGCUUCUCGAGCUCCCUCGGCACACCUUCCAGCGCUUCCGCGCGCUCCUGAAGAGCCUCUUUGUUCGCGUCACCCUCACCUGUCAACGCGAAGGUUGCCUCGAGGCGCGCGGAGGCCUCGGCGGCCUCCUGGGCCUCCUCGCCGGCCUUGCGGGAAGCGGCGCCAGGCGAAUCCGCGCUGCAGCUACUCUCGCAGUGUUGGGCAUUGCGGAGGGCCUAGCUGCCUCGCUCGGUUCACUGCAUGCAGAAGAAAGCAAGUUCCACCAGCAGCUCCUUCAGCUCCAGGCGACGUACGCCGUCCCCGCUCUUCCCUCCGCUGGCGCCGACUCUUCCUGGGGCGCGAGAGUCGUGGAGGACAUCCGCGCGAGGCUGGAAGGCGCCGAGAGGAACGCGCGGGUGUCUGUACAGCUGCUCGAAGUACUGGCGGCCGAGUCACUCGCCUUUCGCUCUCGAGACGUCUGCCCCCUCAUCCGCGCAGAAACUCUGCAGGUUAUCGCUUCGUGUCUGCUUCCGGCGGUGCCGUCGCUGGUGCUCGGGUCUCUGCCGUUUCAGGCGGCGGUGUUGUCUUCGCUGUCUGAGGCGCCGUCUGGGAAGGCAACCACGGCCUUCCAGGCGGAAGCGCUUUUGAGUUCUGUGGAGAUUUUCUCAGUCGCUCUCUCGCUGCUUCUCCCGCGAACGCGACGCGAAGGCCCUUUGAGUGGAGGUGAAUCCGAAGGCCGCUCUUGCAGCGUUCUCGCACUCGCGCCGAACGGAGCAGGAGACAGGGGAGACGCCGAGGUCGACGAGGCUUUGCGCCAGAAAGCGGAGACGCUCGUGAAGCUCGCGAAGCCUGUCGUGCUACUCCUCGCCUGCGGCGCCGAAGAGACGGCCGCCGUCGCCGCGUUGCAUGCAUUGGGGCCGGCGGCGACGGCGACGCGCCUCUGGAGAGAGACACGGAGCAUCAGAAGGGAUCGGAAGGCGGGGGAGACGAAACGCAGGAGAUAUCCCGCAACUGCGGGCGCGGGGGAAUGUGACGGCGAAGGAGACGCCGAGAAAGACAGAGACAAGAGAGCUGGAGAAGGCGGGGGAGACGAAACCUGGCGGAUAAGCGAAGAAGACGCCGAGAAACUUCUCACCGCUUUCUGGACCUCGAAGGGGAUGGCGACCGCCGCGGCCGCUGCGCCGAUCCUCGACGACUUGUUUUUAGGCGGGCACUUUGUCGAGAACGCGAGAGUCGAGAAACGCGCAGAAAGCUCUCACGGCUCGUCCGUCGAACGCGACCUUCGUCUUCUCCUCUCCUUCUGUCUCGCUCACCUCCCUCGCUCUCCGUCGUCUGCCUCGUCCUCGUGUGCCUCUUCUCCCGCGCCUUUCUUUGCAUGCGCAGGCCGCGUAGUUACUGGAUUUUGGGAUGUUGUCCCUGGAGUGAAGCAGCCGAAGAAGAUGCUGGACUUGCUCUUGCGAGGCGAAGCCGAGGGAGAUGCCCGCAGCGGCUUGCAAGACGGCGAGAGGACGCUGCUGCUGCGCUUCUGCGAACGGUCUUUCGAGCUGCUGCAGACGCGCCAGCGCGAGGCGCAGCGCGUCCGUUCGAGGCGGAACUUCGCGAAGUCUCGGGAACACAAAGUUUGGGGUAAAGUCCGCACCACAGAGCGCGUGCGAGAGGAAGCGAAGGAGGCACCUUGCUGGGGAUGCGAGGCUGCAUGGCGAGCCGCCCAGAAGGCAGAGAAGAGGACCAAGCAUGCGGCGCGAGAUCAGUGGACGCUGUCGGAUGUCGAGGACGAAGGAGAACGCGAGAAGGAGAGCGAGAAAGAGAGAGAAGCGCGAGAGGAGCGGGAAGAGAGACUCUUCCUCAUCGAAGGAACAGAAACGGUUUUCGCGAAUUUGCAGAUGCUCCUCCGAAUUCACCAAGCUGACAGAGACGAACUGCAACUCCUCCUCGCGAGCGUCUACUGGGCAACCUUCCCGCCCCCCUGUUUGGAGUUUCACCUCUCUCAGAGAGCUGAUUUACUGUUCGCUCUCGUUUCGUUUGCUUCUUCGCCAUCUUCCUCCGCUUCUUCUGCCUUUGCGCUACCGUCUUUCUCUCCUUCCCGUUCUCCCCUGUCGGCGGCCUGCAGGUCGCCAGUGUCGAUCUGUGCGCAGACUUCAUCUUUCUUCUCUGCGUCCGGAACUCUCGCUGCGCUCGCGGCGCUCUGUCUCGGCGCCUCGGAUCCCCUCGCCGUUCGAACUGCUUUCAGCUGUCUGGCGAAUCUCGGCAUGCUUCUCGCUCCCCUGGAGGAAGCGCGCGUCGUCGACGCCCUCGCACACCUGCAUGCGAAUGUGCUCGCGGCCGCAGUCGCGAACGUCGAAGCUCUCCAGGCUCUUCUCUUCACUCGCCCCGCUGCAAAGCUCAGCGACUCGCGGAGCGAACGAGAAGGAGAACAGGGAGGAGAACAGGGAGGAGAAGCAGGUCGCGGAGGGGGAUUCGGGGAGCCUCUGAUGCCUUUGGAUUCUCAGCGGGAAGAUGCAGAGGCACCCCCAGUGUUUGACUUGAUGCGUGCCGUCCAAUCGCGGAGACACCGAGAAAUGACCGAAAUGAACGUUGCGCAGCUCGAGGCGAAUCUCCUCCGGCUCGCGGCCUUCUACUCCACCUGUCUCUCGUUGACUGCGGAGCCGAGCGACGCUGCAGAAAAAGGCGCCGAAGGCCCCAGGAACUCGCUGCCGCCUGUCCCCACACCUGCCGCCACAGAGACAGCAGUCGCCGUCCUCCACAUGCGCGUCAUGGCCACAAUGACUCAAGGGGGCGAGGAGGAACGAGCGUCGGAAGCCGGCGGAGAGACGACGGCGCUGCCCGCCGAUUUGCCCGAAGUCCCGACCCCUCGUCUGGUGCUGCAUGCAUCGGAUCUUCUUGUCGCGAUCUACAGCCACUUGGCGUACCGAAGUCUCUUUCUCUACGCGAGGCUCACGACAGCCAUCAGGCGCGUUGCACACUUGGAAACCUGCAGAAUUCGAGGCGCCGCUCUUCCAGCUUUGGCCCGCGAGGUCGCGAGAGAAGAAGAAGAAACGCGCCACGCAGAGGGCAAACAGCGGCGGAAGAGAACAGAGAGGAAAAACGACAACGGGGUGCUCCACGGCGACUGGGACGCCGACCUGGAAGACAGCGAGGGAAACAAGCGGGAGGUCGUCGCCGGUGUCACUACCGGUGUCUUCUCCGAGGGAGACGAGGAGCAUUGCGAGACUGCGAACGGCGUCCAGGGAAAGAGACAGACGGAGGAAGGAGCGAAGGAGGAAACGGAGCUCAAGGAGGAAUCUGAGGAGAUCGAACUCGCACACAAAGAGGUUCUUGCCCUCUCGAGGGAGCUGCAGCAGACUCUGGCCGACGCCGCUGUGUGCCGCAGUCGCUCGACGGUGCUUCUCACGGCUCUUCUCGAAACGGAGACUCGGCCGCUUCUUCUCUUCAAUUCGCUUUUCUCUCUCUUGACCUUGACCCAAGUCGAAGGGAUGAUUUCGUGGAGUCGGGAGGUGUGCUGUCGGUCCCUCUCCGCCGUCUCGUCUUUGUCUGCUGAAAGCGCGUCGACGUCGCGUUCCCCCGAGCGUCUUCUUCCUGCUUUACACGCUUACGAGUACAUUCCUUCAGACAUUGAGUCGGUGGUCUCCGCGUUUCAACAUUUCCUGGAUCUCCUCGGUUCUGAAUCCGCUCUUCUCUCUCCGGAAAACGCGGUGCGGCGGCGUCUCGGUCGUGCAGAGAAGGCGGAACAACAGUCUUCUGUCCUUCCUUCCUCUUUCUUCGCCGACGCCGCCGCUGCCUCCUCGCCGCCAGGGGCCGCGUCUCUCUUCGCGUCGGCACUCUCUGGAACUGCAUGCGCUCCGCUCCUCGCCAUGGCGCGGUACGACGCCUCUGCUUUCUCCUAUCUUGACUCUGUUGUCCUCUCUCCUCCGUCUCCUUCUUCUUCGAUGUCGCCAGGGAGCGAAGCGCUCGUCUCGGUUUCCGGCGCAGGCGGUGGACAGGAGGCGCGCAAAGACGAAGGCAAAGAAGAGGAAGGCGUCUGCGACUUCCAGUCCAAGCUUCGGGAAGCGGUCGCCUUGGGCUGUUGCCGCCUCGCGCGCCAGAGUUGCCUGAAUGAGCUCCGAUGGGCAGUGGGCGGCCUCGGCGCGUCUCUGCUGUCUGUGCUCGACCAUCCGUCAGCCGUCGCCGCGGAGGCUCGUCUCUUCUUCCAGUCUCUGAGGAGGCAGAACUUCCGGCUUCUGCUGCAGCUGCUGCUGCAAACCGCCCAGGACCUCUUCGACGCCCGCCUCCUCACACCUCUCACGCUGCUUCUCCUUUCUCGAAGACGCGCGCUUCUCCCGGAAAGCGUCGAACCGCACAGCUCGCGGCAAGCCACUGAGAGCGAAGCGAGAGAACGCGAGGGGAGAUGCCCCGAAAGGCGCGGAGCUUGCAGGCUUCGCGGUGUGGGGACAGAGACAGGAGAGGCGUUGCAAAGGCAGAGAGAGGAGAACAGAGAGGCAUGGCUUCUAGGCGCCGCAGACGUGGAAUUGCACUUCACCCACCUUCUCCAGUGGUCGCUUCUCGCCUCGCAGAGACUCAGCGUCGGACUGCUUCUCGGAUCGCAGCAAAUGGAAAUGGUGAAUUUCUGGCGCGCCGCGAUUCGCCACAACCGCGCGCUCGCAGACACCGUGGCGGCGCAUGCGCGGGAAUGCGGGGACGCGCGAAGAGACAAGCAAGAAGAAAGCCGCAUUUUUGCCGUAGAAGGACGCGAGAAAGAACAAGGGGAAGAACAAGAAGAAGACGAGGUUUUCCAGCGAUCUCGACAGGAGGUGCUCAGCUGGCUUCAGGAGGGAGGAGGGAGGAGGAGGGAAGAUGCGAAGAAGACGGACCUCGACAGCUUCCCCCCACUGCAGUUUCUGGACUUCCUUCACCCGUUUAUUCAACGCGGAUUUCUGCCGACGUAUUUGCUGAAUCAGCUGCUGGGAGUUACCAAGGAGCUUUUCAGAAGACAGGCAGGCGAGGUGGGGAGCACGAGGGAGACAGGGCGCAGGUUCGAGAGUUGGGAGUCCUCUGGCGAAAGGAGACUCUUCGAAGCCGUGAAGAAGAGAGAUGGUUGGCUGGUGCGUCUUUUCGCAAUGAGAGACGCGCGACGCGCGACCGCGGAGAGAGAAGAGGAGACAGAACGGCAGGCGCGGGUGUCGAGUGAAAGGACUCAGCGAGAGGACAGAGAGAAGCGCGCGGAGGACGCUGAGAAGGAGAGACGAAGAGAGGAACAGAGCGAACGCGAGAGGCGCAGAGAAGAAGAGAUGGAGAACAUGAGGCGAGAGGAGAGACAGAAGCGGAGAGAGGAGAGAGGAGACGAGAGAAAGGAACGCAGUCUUCAUGUCCACAAUCAAGAAGAAGCAAGGACGAGAGAGGGGCACCGACAGCGAGUGGAGAGUGAGAGACCAAGCGAUAGACUGCAGGGCGCCAGGGAAGAGACGCGACAAGGAGAGGCGCGCGAAGAGAGAAGCGACAGAGAACAGAUCGAGGCAGUACGUAGAGGAUGGAGAAGGGAAGAAGCAGUGAAGCCACGAGAGGAUACAAGAGGAGACAGAGAAGCCGCGAAAGACUCUUGCAGGAGUCGGAAGGUCCAGAAGACCUGCGAAGAAGAAGACAGCGAGGACGAGUUGUGUGCAAGACUCGAGAGGCGGCAGCGGACGACAGAUUCAUCGAAAAGUGACGAAAUGGCGACUCACGGAGAGACUCGAAGGCCGGGAACAAGGAGGGAAGGACGUGAGAAGGCCGCUUUCACGGUACAAAACAACGCUUAUCCAGAAGCGAAGAUCUUCUCUUCAGACGAGGAAGAACACUGGACAAAGGCGCCGAAGGCGAGAGCCGCUAGAGAAGUAACCGAUCUGGGCGAGACAAACCUGCCAAGGCGGCGGAAGCCAGAAGCGAGGAAAGAAAAAACCACACGCUCCAAAAAGACGCGAAAAACUCGGAAAAACCAAGAGGAUGAAACUACCGAAACCGACAACAAAGACGAGGACAGCAAAGACGAGCACAGCAAAGACGAGAACAGCAAAGACGAGGACAACAAAGACGAGGACAACAAAGACGAGGACAGCAAAGACGAGGACAGCAAAGACGAGGACAGUGAAGACGAGAAACCAAGAAGCGACGAGGAAGCGGCGGGAGCGAGUGGAGGAGACUGGUCGCACCACUCCUGUCGAGGAGAGCCGGAGGAGGUUUCCAGGACGGUGAGGACCGCAGAGGUCGCGGAAAUCAAAGAGAGAGUUGGGCCGACGCGAAAAGCGAGAGAAACGCAUCGAGUUGGCCGCUCUGCGGGUCCAAGAGCGAAGCCGCAAGAAGACGAUCUGUGGUCUUUUGAAGUUUCUCCCGUCUCCCGUCCGAGCAACCUGCCAGCUCGCGGACCAGGCUGCGUGCGAGCGCCUCGGAGCGCACAGAGAAAGCCGACGCCGUCGUUCUCUUCUGCAGAAGAAAAGGAGAUGACUGGGAGCGAGCUGGAUGUGUGGAGUGACGACGACGGAUCUUUGCUUGAAGAGAUGGCGCGAGUCUGCUCGCUGCAGCCGGGAGAGCGAAAGGCCUUCGCACUGCCGGCUGGCGAAGCGGCGCGCCCCCAGCAGAGACCGAGAGCGGGGAGCGAAGAGUCGGUGUGGGCCGCGACCAGCCAGGCGACCUCCUUCGCAGAAGACCUGUUGGAGUUUUGAAGGCUGUCAGACAGCCAGGAGAGACGUUUCGCCGCGAGCCUC